CAAUCAGCGGAGAGCGACGCACGUCGUUGCGGAAGUGACGGCAGUUCCGUGUCCAGUGGGGCGGUGGGAGCGAUGAGGGUAGUGAGACCGUGGUAGGCGUUGUGUGAAGAUGGAGUUUCCCGGAGGAAAUGACAAUUACCUGACGAUCACAGGGCCCUCGCACCCCUUCCUGUCAGGAGCCGAGACGUUCCAUACACCAAGCCUGGGUGAUGAAGAAUUUGAAAUCCCCCCUAUCUCCUUGGAUUCUGAUCCCUCACUGGCUGUCUCAGAUGUGGUUGGCCACUUUGAUGACCUGGCAGACCCUUCCUCCUCUCAGGAUGGCAGCUUUUCAGCCCAGUAUGGGGUCCAGACAUUGGACAUGCCUGUGGGCAUGACCCAUGGCUUGAUGGAGCAGGGCGGGGGGCUCCUGAGUGGGGGCUUGACCAUGGACUUGGAUCAUUCUAUAGGAACUCAGUAUAGCGCCAAUCCACCUGUUACAAUUGAUGUACCAAUGACAGACAUGACAUCUGGCUUGAUGGGGCAUAGCCAGUUGACCACCAUUGAUCAGUCAGAACUGAGUUCUCAACUUGGUUUGAGCUUAGGGGGUGGCACCAUCCUGCCACCUGCCCAGUCACCUGAGGAUCGUCUUUCAACCACACCUUCACCUACUAGUUCACUUCAUGAGGAUGGUGUUGAGGAAUUCCGGAGGCAACUUCCCAGCCAGAAGACAGUUGUGGUGGAAGCAGGGAAAAAGCAGAAGGCCCCAAAGAAGAGAAAAAAGAAAGAUCCUAAUGAACCUCAAAAACCAGUUUCAGCAUAUGCUUUAUUCUUUCGUGACACACAGGCUGCCAUCAAGGGACAGAAUCCCAAUGCCACUUUUGGGGAGGUUUCAAAAAUUGUGGCUUCUAUGUGGGACAGUCUUGGAGAGGAGCAAAAACAGGUAUAUAAGAGGAAAACUGAAGCUGCUAAGAAAGAGUAUCUGAAGGCUCUGGCUGCUUAUAAAGACAAUCAAGAGUGUCAGGCUACUGUGGAAACAGUGGAAUUGGAUCCAGCGCCCCCAUCACAGACUCCUUCUCCACCUCCUGUGACUACUGCUGACCCAGCCUCUCCAGCUGCAGCCUCAACAGAGCCCCCUGCCCUGUCUCCUUCCAUUGUUGUUAAUUCCACUCUUUCAUCCUAUGUGGCAAACCAGGCAUCUUCUGGAGCUGGGGGCCAGCCCAAUAUUACCAAGUUGAUUAUUACCAAACAGAUGUUGCCCUCUUCUAUUACUAUGUCUCAAGGAGGGAUGGUUACCGUUAUCCCAGCCACAGUGGUGACCUCCCGGGGGAUCCAACUAGGCCAAACCAGUACAGCUACUAUCCAGCCUAGUCAGCAAGCCCAGAUCGUCACUCGGUCAGUGCUGCAGGCAGCAGCUGCAGCAGCAGCUUCCAUGCAACUGCCUCCGCCCCGACUACAACCCCCUCCGUUGCAGCAGAUGCCUCAGCCCCCAACUCAGCAACAAGUCGCCAUUCUCCAGCAGCCUCCCCCGCUGCAGGCCAUGCAGCAGCCCCCGCCUCAGAAAUUCCGAAUCAAUCUACAGCAGCAGCCGCCGCCACUGCAGGUCAAGCUUGUGCCUCCGCCCACUCUAAAAAUGCAGACUACCUUGGUUCCACCACCUGUAGAAAGGAGUCCGGAGCGGCCGGUGAACAGCAGCCCUGAGACCCACACAGUGGAGGAAACCUCUCCUGAGACAAUCUGUGAGAUGAUCACAGAUGUAGUUCCUGAGGUUGAGUCUCCUUCUCAAAUGGAUGUUGAAUUGGUGAGUGGGUCUCCUGUGACGCUCUCACCCCAGCCUCGAUGUGUGAGGUCCGGCUGUGAGAACCCUCCCGUUGUGAGUAAGGACUGGGACAAUGAGUACUGCAGCAAUGAGUGCGUGGUGAAGCACUGCAGGGAUGUCUUCUUGGCCUGGGUAGCCUCUAGAAACUCAAACACAGUAGUGUUUGUGAAAUAGUCCUGUUCUCCAAGCCAGUGAAGACUUACCUGCUGGGAACAUGUCCACCGAGCCUGUUUUUAAGACAAGCUGGGCUUCUGGUAGUGCCUGAUCUCAACCCAUGAUGGUCCUUUAUGUCCUUCACGUUUCUCCCCUUUUAUCUCUCUUCUACAGGGGCCAGGCUAUGAAGCAGGGCCAUUGAGUUUGCUGGAAUUGCUUUUUACUUUCACGUACAAGCAGAGAUAUCAGUGAUAAUAACAGAGGAAAGGGUGAAGGGCAUAUGAACAAGCAGAACAUAGGGGUGGUGGCUAGGGGUGGGGAAUUGUUUGAGGAAAACUUGUUGGUAUAAUUGUCAUAGGACUUGCCUAAAAUACUAUUAAAAUGAUAGGAUAAUACUCAGCUUUGAGCCUAGGAGGAAACAUCACUGUGUGCAUCCAUUUUAAAGGGGCUAAAAAAAGGCUGCAUUAACGGUUACCUCUUAAACAGGGAACUAUUACUGUCACAUCUGCACAUUCAUUAUUUUGAGAACAAAGGUUUUCAACAUAGUAAGCACACUGGGCUGUAGAGAAAAUAACAUCACCUAGGAGCGUCUUUUAUUUCUCUGCAACAGUAUUUCUGUAGUCAACGCUCUUCCUUAUCUCAGUUGUCACAGUUUAUGAGUGCAAAAGGCAGAACUCUAUAUCCUUAAUAUAAGAGGUUUCACCAAAGUCUAAAGAAGUUGUGUUCACUUGUGUUUGAUGAAAUAUCUUUUAAAAGAUAGGCCAGAGGUGUUUUCACUUAUAUAAUAUAUAGGCUAAUUCUCUGCAUACUCUGGGCACUUAUUUAAAUUUAAUGUAAGAUGUGCUUAUUUCAUUUUUCUUAGAAAUAAACGAAUGAAUAAUAGACUAGCAAAGCCACAUAGUUGUAAUAGAAUAAGCAACAUUUCGAGCAUGAUAGGCCUAGUGAUGAUAAUCUUAAAUGAAACUCAAAUCUUACCUUGAGAAAUGUUGUCCCAUUGAACCCCCUUCUUGAUUACCGUGUUUACUAGCACUAAUUGGUAAUCACUUUGAUCCUAUACAGUAUAAUCAAUAUUUUAAUGCCUUCCAUGCAUUUAGUUUGAACCCUUACAGCAACCCCAUGAGGUAGGUAAUAUUCCCAGUUUACAUAUAAGUAAUCAUACUGAGAGAUGAGUUACACAAGAUCACACACUGUUAAGUGGCAGAGCCAGAACUUGACCUCGAAAUCCCAACUACAAUACAAACUUUUAUUUAAAUAAGGAAAAAAAACUAUUGUACAAAUAUUACUCUUCAGGUGCAGCCUGCAAGAGCCAUGGCUAUGGAUGCUUAGGUUUAGAAGUACUUCUAUAGAUUCUUAGGUUUAGAGAUGAUACCAUCUGGAUACCUUUGCUUGAACCGGGCAACCACAUCUGGGUCUAGUAGGUGGAUCCCAUCCAGUUGGUUUCCAAGGGUGAUCCUGAAGCAAGGGGAAAGAUGGGGCAAACCAAAAUCCUGGAAUUUAAAGGCUUAAUAAUGUUAAAAGAAUGUGUACUUUUUAUUAAGACUGCCUAUCAUCUCUUUGAA